GACCACGCCCCUGGCUGCCAGCCGUCCCAGGAGUUGGGGAAUCCAGUUUAUGGCUGGUAGCUCUGAGUUAGCCGUCCCAGGGCACCGGAGCAUGAGAGGAUCCUGGAGACCCCUGUUCUUGUUCCUGACGCUGAUUCAGAUAGUCAUUGGAAACCAGGGCAGCAUUGUAGGAAGCUGUCCUUGUGACUUGAAGCUGUCCGAUUCCCCGAAUCCUGCACAGUGGCGAUUACUCAUUACUAAUCUACAGGGAUAUGAAAGUUGCCACAACUACAUAAGGUUCCGCCUGCCCAGAAUAACUCUGUGUUCAAGCUCCAAAAACAGCUGGGUCCAGAAGCUAAGGACUUGCUUUGACAACCACGAAUGUGGAUUCGCCCGGACAUACCAAUCUGCACAUCAGGGCACCCAGGAUGAUUACCCCACUACCACCAUCCAGAGCCCAGGACUAAACCGAUCAUCCCCAUUCACCACCACUGAUCCAUUCUCCCAGACCAACCAGUCAACAAGAACCCCGUCCAGCAGAAUGAGGAAUAGGUACCUCAAUGAUAUCACCAGUGCCCCUCUGGAGAACAGCAGCAUCGAAAACCUGAAGCGGGAAGCCGAGAAGGGACAAAUGAACCAGCUGGGCACCUCUGCCACCAUACCCAUUCUGUGCCUACUUGGGAUUGUCUUUGUGCUUACUGGAGCUCUUGCUUAUGUCUUGUGUCGGAAGCGAGUGGCUGUAGAAUCUCCAAAGCAGCGCUCCAAAGGUUUUCAGCUGAUAAUCCCUUGUGAGACAGAUCAACCCAACUCCUUGAUAUAAGUCAUGCUUCAGCCAUCCGGAAACAGCAAGGCUUUUCUCCCAAGGCAACUAUUCUACAAUAAUAUUUGCUUCUCCCAUUGAAUGUAAAGAUUUGGCAUUAGUUUCAUUAAAGGUGAUUGUUUUCUAA